UCAUUCUGAAAUGUGACAAUAGACACGUUUAAAAAUUAAGGUCAAUUUAGUAUUGUGCCUGUUUAAAUAGUACUAGUUAUGUUAUAUUGUAUGCAGAGUCCCACCGUAGCGUUAAUAAUUCGCAACUCAGAGUAAGGACUGCAGUGAAGUACUAAUACUGAUGUAAAAUAAUUCGUAAUUAUGAUUGACAAUUUACAUAUGAAAAUACGAAGUCGUUUAUCAACUUUUGAAGGUCAAUCGUAAUUAGAUCUCUAGAAAUUCGAAAAAGAUUGUUAAAGGUCCUUGUUCGGAGCACGGCUCUUUACGGGUGCGAAACGUGGAUAGAGGACGUGGGGGACGGGUGGAAAUAAAAGGUUAAAACCGUUCGAAAUGGGUAAAAUGAGAAAGUAUUAGAAAGAAAUAGAAGAGAGGAAGUCAAUAAGGAUAGGCAAGAUAUGUAGGUAGGACAUCUUCCUAGACAUGAAGGGCUAGUUGAGGGCAUACUUUUAAGCAGACAAGAGUUAAGAGGAAUAGAGGUAGACCUGAAUUAGAUUACUCUUCACAAAUUGGUAAAGAAUGUAGGAUGUUCUAGUUUCAGGGAAAUGCGAAGAUAAGUUCAGGAUUGGAAAGUGUGGAGGUGUAUGUAGUCUCGGAACUGUGCAUAUGCAUUUUUUCUAGCUUGAUCUUUAGAGAUUUAUGUUUAUAGAAAUAAAAACAAAGAAAAAUAAACAACAUUACUCAUAAACCGAAUUUAUCUGCAUAAACAUGCGUAUUUUGUUAAGGAUUCAAAUUUUCUGACUUUGUACAUGUAUUGCAUAAUGUAAACGGUUUUUAAUACCCGCGUCCCGGCGCUCCGCGCCGCAUACUUAUAUUAUAUGUCCAUGUUCCGCAGUUGGAACUUGUGUUUGAGUUAUUACCGACGAUAGGGGAGCGAUCGUUCUAUUUUUGAAUGAAUGUACAUAACCUCGAGUAUAUUCUUGAACAUUUGGUUUCAUUUCGGUUAAACUUAGAAAUUAACUAGACUAAUAUCGACCGUGACCCAACGCUCCAAGUGACUACAUGAUUUAAAAGUCGGAAAAUCCAUCCCGAAUGUAACGAAUGCAUUACGAAAAAACUCAUCUGAACAGUAAAUCAGUUCUGAGGCAGUUUUUUUUUUAAAUUUAUUUCAAACUUUUCUCGCUAGAUGUUCGACGAAGGUCAAUGCGUUCACUGUAUUUGUAACAACACGCAUACAUUGUUAAUCGUUAAUUGCAACAAAUUAAUGUCUGAUUCACUGCUUCACAGAGCAAUUCUUUUUAUAUAAAAGGUAACGAUUUGACGAUAAUAACGUUAAGUUUAAUAACUAAUUUGAAAGAUACAUUGUGUCACCGAUUAGAGCUUUUAUGUGGUAAUAAAAUGGUUAUUUUAUACAACGUCUAAUUAUCUUUGCCAUUAGCAUCUUAUUUACCACGACCAUGUAGCAUUCCGAACAGUUUGCCUAUGAACGAAAAUUGCUUACACACCACUGCCAUAAAAAUAAUUUGGACUGCACUUUAGAUUUACAAAGAAAGGUUAUGAUCAUGUUAUGAUUAUGGACAUAGAUAAUAUUAUGGACAAGGCCAUAGAUAGUGAACAUAGAUAAUAAUGAGCAUGAACCAUAGGCAUGAACAAUAUCUAUGGUUAGGAACAUGGACAUAACAUGAAAGAUGAACAACAAAUGAACUUAAAAUGAACAUAGACAAACAUAGAUAACGUAUAGGUUAUAAUUCCUUUCGUUCGUAUUUCUUCAUUUAAUUUCUGUUGACAUUAAUAGUGAAUAAUAACAUGAACGAAAUAUGUAAUUAAAUUUAUGUAUAAGAAAUGUUUGAGGGAGAAAUAGAACCGCCACCAAUUCUUUUGGAUGUAGAAAAGGAACUAGAGGAAUAUUUAAUAAAUCCCGAAAGACUUUCCAUUCAUGAAUAUGAACGAAAUCAAGAACACUGGCCACGAGAAAUCGAUGUAUCAUCUUUAUUUGUUUAUGAUAUAUCACCACUAUCGACCACUCUUAAAGUGCAACGUGACUAUACGACAGGAGAGAUUGUUGAAUUUUGUGAAGUUCCUAUUGAUAGUGCUACAGCUUCAUCUAAAAAUUCGAUGAUGUUAACUCGAGCUCCUGCAGCACCUGAAGACGUUGUAUUUGGAAAUAUAUCAAACAUUCCCUUUUUACCUGGAAGCUUUAUUGAUCCCCUAGAACAAUUAAAAUAUCAGAGUGAAACUGACAAAAAAGAAGCUGAAGAUUUAUUGAUUGUACCACCUGGCUUUGAAAGUGGUCUAAUAUUUGAUACUGAUGGAAUUACUGUAAAAGGACUGAGUGGAGAUAACAGUCUUAAAAAUUCCGUCAAUUUUGGUGAUGAUAAAAAUAUAUUAGAUUUGCUAGAUGUUCUUGAUAAAGAACAAGAUUUUACAGAAUUGUUAGAAAAGCCUGAGAAUUCAGAAAACUCAUUAACUCAAGUUGAAUCAGAUUUUACUACAUUACCUGGUGAAGAGGAAGCUUUGAAAGAUAUACCAGUUUUAAAAAUUAGUGAAACUGUUCCAAGGCAGUCUCGAGAAGGCACUGAAUGGGCUAUACUACUUGACACAUCAAAAGCUGUAGAUAAUUUUAAGGAAAAAGUACCUCAUUUAGCUCAUAAUUUUGAUUUUGAAUUGGACACCUUUCAAAAAUUGGCAAUUAUGCAGCUUGAAGAGCAUAACCAUGUAUUUGUAGCUGCUCAUACAUCUGCUGGUAAAACUGUAGUAGCUGAAUAUGCCAUUGCUCUAUCCCAAAAACAUAUGUCCAGGACCAUUUAUACCUCUCCCAUUAAGGCUCUUUCAAAUCAGAAAUAUCGCGAUUUUAAGAGAACAUUUAAAGAUGUAGGUCUCAUUACUGGGGAUUUUCAAAUCAAUCAGACUGCAUCUUGUCUCAUAAUGACCACUGAGAUUUUGAGAUCUAUGCUCUAUCGAGGAAGUGAUAUUGCCAGAGAUCUUGAGUACGUAAUCUUUGAUGAAGUGCAUUACAUAAAUGAUAAAGAAAGAGGUCAUGUUUGGGAACAGGUACUUAUAAUGUUACCACCCCACGUUUGCGUCGUACUGCUGAGCGCUACUGUCCCAAAUACCACAGAAUUUGCAGAUUGGUUGGGAAGGACACAUCAGAGAAAAGUAUACGUUAUCAAAACGGACAAAAGACCGGUUCCGCUACAGCAUUAUUUAUACACAGGAUGUGGAGGAAAAAGCAGAGAUAACAGAUAUUUAAUACAAGCUGGGAACGGUCAAUUCGUCCUCGCGGGUUACAAUAAAGCUGUAGAAUCUUUGGCUCCAAAACAAGAUAAGAAUGCAAAUCCUAAUAAAAAGUUUCCCACGAAAAAGGAGCCGUAUCAACCAAGUCCAGGUUACAGUCAAAAACAAGAAAAGACAAUGUGGGAAGGUCUUGUCGAUCAUUUGAAUAAAAAGGAACUUUUACCUGCAGUGGCUUUCACAUUUUCUAGAGCUCGGUGCGACAUAAACGCCGAAAUUUUAAGGUCACUUGAUUUAACUACCGCAAAAGAAAAAUUUUACAUUGAGAACUUUUUUAACAAGUGCAUUUCAAGCCUUAAAGAAACUGACAGGGAAAUACCUCAAGUCAAGAAAAUGAAAGACACCCUAAUCAGAGGCGUGGGUGUUCACCAUAGUGGCAUUUUACCAAUAAUUAAGGAAAUGGUAGAAAUGUUGUUUCAAGGAGGAUUUGUUAAGCUGCUUUUUGCAACUGAAACAUUUGCAAUGGGUGUAAAUAUGCCUACUAGAACUGUACUUUUUGAUUCAAUUGAGAAACAUGACGGUAGGUGUAAAAGAACACUUCUUCCUGCUGAAUAUAUACAGAUGGCUGGAAGAGCUGGUAGAAGACGCUUGGAUGACACGGGAACAGUGAUUAUAAUUUGUAAGAGAGAAGUGCCUCCUUUGCAUGUCUUACAGACCAUGAUGAUGGGUAAACCAAGUCAAUUGACAAGUCAAUUCAGGCUUACAUACGGAAUGGUCUUAAGUCUCCUAAGAGUUGAAAGUUUGUCGGUUGAAGGUAUGAUGUCAAAAAGUUUUCGCGAAGCGGAUCAUGAAAAAAGAAAGGAAAGCGUUAAAGAAGAACUGCAGAAAGUUGAAUUGCAACUUAAACAAAAAGCAUCGAAAGAAUUGAGUGAAUAUUUGCAACCGUUGAGAAAAUUUUAUGAACAUGCAAGCAAAUAUCUACAGCUUAAAAAGGAAGUAUUCCCUGAACUAUUAAAAUCUCCAGUCGUGGCUAAAGAGGUAAUUCCAGGCCGUGUGAUAUUAAUUACACAGAGUAUUCAUAUUAAUAAAUUAGCUUUGAUAUUGAGCGUCACAUCAAAACCUGACGACCAGCUCUAUAGGGUUCUUGUGUUAGAUGAUGAAAAAUCUGAUAAAGAAGAAAAUGAAAAAACAAGUCAUCCUGAAGAAUGGUACAAAAUGUUAGCAAUUGCAACAGAAGAAAUUUUUACCCCCUCAAGUGGCGCAAUUGGACAUGCAGUUCUCAACAUACAAUCAUAUGACAUUUCGGAAAUUACUUCGAAAACAAUCAAAACUGACUUUGCUAUCAUUUUGAGAGAUUGGGAUGAGAGACAAAUUCCAAGGUUUAAAGAUAAAACUCCAGGUCAGACAUGUUCUGCAGCCGUACAAGAACUUUACAAAUUGUCCAUAGGAACUAAAGGAAUGGGCGUUCCUGAACAAAAAAUAAAUUACCUAACUUUCAUGGAGGAUUUGAAAGUGAAGGAACUGGAACUCGUAGAGAAAGUUCAAAAAUUAUGCAAAUUAAAAGAAAUUGUUCUCGACCAUGUAGGAAGCACCAAGAUAGCUAAUUUUAAAGAACAAUUUCAAGAAGUUUUUCUUAGAAAUUCACUUGAAGAUCGUCGAACGUUGCUUAAAUGUCAGUUAUCAAAUGCUAGUUUAACUUUAUAUCCCGAUUAUGAAAACAGAAUUCAUUUAUUAAAAAGGCUGAAGUACGUCGACUCUCAGAAUAAAGUUGAACUGAAAGGUGUUGUUGCUUGUGAAAUGGGAAUGCACGAACUCCUUAUAACUGAGCUAAUUUUAAGAAAUUAUUUAACAAAACUACAACCUGCUGUGAUAGCUGCACUCUUAAGUUCUCUCGUUUUCCAAGCGAAAACUAGAGAAGAACAGUCGAUAUCGGAAGAACUGAAAGCCGGAAUUGAAAUAAUUAAAGAUGUGGCUCAUGAAAUUAGGUAUUUAGAAAUGUAUUAUAAGAUUAGAGAUGAAAGUAACGACAAUGAGCUUAAUUUUGGUUUGGUGCAAGUUGUCUAUGAAUGGGCUACAGGCAAACCAUUUGCAGAAAUAAUGGAAUUAACAGAUGUCCAGGAGGGUAUAAUAGUUCGCUGCAUACAGCAGUUAAAUGAAAUUAUUUCGAAAGUAAAAGAUGCAGCCAAGUAUAUUGGAGAUCCCGAGUUAAAAAAUAAAAUGGAAGAGGCCUCUACAGCAAUUAAAAGAGACAUAGUUUUUGCUGCCAGUCUUUAUACUCAAAAAGAGGCAGCAGCCAUUUGAAUUUACCGUUGUAUAGGUAAGCAACUAGAACUGAAACAGCUUUAUUGUAAAAUUCAGUGUAAGUAUAAUACACAUAACUAAUAUUAAUUUUUUCCUUUAGUUAAAGUAAAAAAAAAUAGAUUAAUGUCUACCAGAGGAAAGUACCUCUGGUGUGCAGCAUAGCUCUAAUAGUGUAUCAAAUUAUUAAUUAUAAAUUUAAACAAUUUUUGUUUUUUGUGUAAUUAAUUAAUGUGGCUGCAUGUAAUUUUGAGUCUUGAAAUACACACAAAAUAUUAAGGAAACAUUAUA